UUAACAUUCACCCUCAGGGAGGAUGCACCACUGGAUGGUAGAGUUUUGUACCGAGUGCUGGCCACUGGAAAUGAUGGUCCAGAUGACGCACUGACCUUCUGGAUCUUGGACACAUCCUAUUUCUACAUUUCACCUGGUGAGAUAAUUAUUGAAAUCACCAAUUACAGCAAUAUAAUUGACUGCACCAUCAAAAUUAAUGAAAGUAAUUUGUUUUAGUUCAAUUUUAAAAAAUCAAACUAGAGUUUCAUGCUUGAUAAAACCCAUGUAGUCCUUCAGUUUGUAUCAUGUUCUUUUAUACAAAUUUCAGGUCUUUAGACAGGACUUUUAUUGGCACUUCUUUAUGUUUAAUUUGUUAUUCUGUUCUUUCUAAAUCAAAUCUACUGAAGCUAUACACACUAGAGCAUUAGUUCUCAAAGUGAAUGGAGCAGAAAGAAUUUAAAGAACCACUGCAUUAGAUGUUCAGAUUUUGCUCUAACUUAAUACACAAAAAAAUUAUCAUUGCAGUUAUUGAUAAAAAAGUCUGCUGCUGUAUUCACUUUCAGAUAAAGGAGAAAUAAUUUUGGUAAUGAAGGCACCUGAUUAUGAAACUGUUGGAGACAUUUACAGGCUUGGAGUUUGUGUCAAAGAUAAACCAAACCCUUCUGAACUGACGGCCUGUGGAACCAUAAUGGUUAAACUGAUUGAUGUCAAUGAUGAA